UACGCUGCUUGUGAGAGAGUGUCUAGCACUGAAGCAACAAACAACUAUUCCCAUCAAGAAAACUAGGAAGAAUCAUCAUGGAGACUGGCACAUUAUUGAGAUGACUUGUGGGUGUCAGAGAUGCUGAUUCAGCACAUUUGACAUUGAAAAAAUCACUUCCCAAGUGUCCUUAUUGCCUAGAGAACCUUAUGCAACUUGAAUCCUCUCAAGUUUCUCUUGUAAACCAUGAAUGAAAGUAUCAACAUCUCCAAUGAGACAACAUCUUUCUCCGGACAGUGCCACAGAGACACCACCAUUGCCCAAGUGGUAUUUCCAAUCCUGUACAGCAUUCUCUUCCUUGCAGGAUUUCUACUUAACAGCUUGGCUGUACUGGCUUUUUUCCAGAUUCCAACCACAUCAAGUUUCAUCGUGUAUCUUCAGAACAUCUUGCUUUCAGAUUUCAUAAUGACACUUAUGCUGCCCCUAAAGAUUCUGGCCGAUUCAGAACUGGGAUUGUGGCAACUUAAAGCUUUUGUUUGCCGUUUUUCAGCUGUCAUAUUUUAUAACACGAUGUACAUCAGCAUAGUGCUCCUUGGGCUUAUUUCACUAGACAGAUUUCUCAAGAUUGUGCGGCCAUUUGGCAAGGUUUGGUUGCGAACUGUCACUUCAGCGAAAAUACUUUCGGGGUUUGUAUGGUUGUUCUUUUUUUGCCUCUCCUUGCCAAACAUGGUUUUGUCAAACCGCAAAGCUACACCACUCUCUGUAAAGAAGUGUGCUUCAUUGAAGAGCCAUCUAGGACUAAAAUGGCAUGAAGCUGUUAACUACAUAUGUCAAGUUGUCUUCUGGACUGUGCUGAUUUUAAUUCUCCUAUUUUAUGUUGUUAUUGCUAAAAAGAUAUGGAGAUCUUACAUGAAAACUCAAACAGCAGAGUGCAAAAUUAAACAAAGAGCCAAGGUUAAGGUAUUUAUAAUUGUAGCUGUUUUUUUCAUCUGCUUUGCCCCUUUUCAUUUUGCCCGAGUACCCUAUACUCUUAGCCAAACCGGCAAAACCCAUGACUGCAGUACACAGAACCAAUUAUUCAUUGCUAAAGAAGGCACUCUUUGGCUAGCAGCUACAAAUAUAUGUAUGGAUCCCCUGAUAUACAUAUUGUUGUGCAGACAAUUUGUAGAAAAAGCUUUCUGUAUUAAAAUGAGAAAAUCUAGAUGCAAAAGUCAGGAAAAUACAAGUAUCGCACUGGACACUGGAGUGUCUACAUAGAGUUUUCUGCAAGGUGUUUUUUUUUUCUCAUUCCAAUAUUUGCACAACAAUGUUGCCAAAUUAAAAGGCAUUUUAAUUUCAAAAGGGUUUUUUGACAGUAUUGCACUCUGUAUUGUUUAAAUGUACCUGUGCUGAGGAAGUAACAUAAUUGUCCUGCUCACUCAUUCUUCCCAUUCAUUUUUCCUCUCUUAUGCAAAUCAGAUGCAUGAUUUACUAUGACACAAAGUCUUGAAAAUUGUGUUUAAACACUGGUUAUUUUUACUACUUUCUACACAUCUCAGUUGUGGGACAAUUGUUUUUCCCCCACAGACUUCAGAGACAGUAUUAUAACCAGCUCCACAUAAAGAUAGCCAUUUACUGUGCAAUCCUAAGCAGAGAUACUUAGACUGGAAUAACUGUUUAGGAUUGCACUGUUUGUGGAUUAGACCAAUGGUAUAUCUAGCCUAGUAUGAUAAACAGACCACAGUCUUGUCUUAUAUGGAAAACAGCAUAUAUUUCUGGUGAUAAUUUAUGGUACAUGUUAAAUUUUUCCCAUAGAUGUCUGGUAUGGCUCAGAUAGUACUGACCACCUCUUUGAGAGAGUAGGUCAGAAUCCAGGCAGUUCAUCCCUCAAUAAACCUGCACUGUCUGGACUGAAAGUACAGAAGAGUUGUUUGACAAUGCAUCUUCAAGAUAUAUGUACACUUCGGCUUAUCACAAUGCGUAAAGAGCACUGGACCAGGUUACUGACACAUAUUAAGAAUGUUUUUUCAAACUGAGUUGUUGUUAAUUUUUUCUUACUGAUCUCCAUCUGUAGCAAAAUAAAACAAAAGUCCAAUGAGACCUUAAAG